UAAGUAAAGAGAUAGUAAAAAUUCAAUGUUAUUUCGAUAAAUGCUUUGCAAAAGUAAAUUCAUAUCAAAGAAACAACGCACCGUCUUGAAUCAACAUCGCUUAAUUUAGAAUUAUUUUGUUGACGUUAUUCAAUAAAGUGUGUUAAUUUUAAAGUAAAUUUAAUGGCAAAUUGUAGGAAUGUUUUCCAAUAAUAAUAAUAAUAAUAACAUUUGUUUUGUUCAUGAACAAAAAGUGUUUUAAUUAGAAGAAUUUUUAAGAUCUGUUUUAGUUAACAAAAUGGACCCAGUUAAAGAGUAUCGUGUUUUUUUAGUUAGUGUUAUUGCAAAUUUAGCAUAUUUUUCACUUGGAACAUGUAUAGGAUGGACGUCACCAAUCAUUCCAAAACUUCGAGAUCAUACUGCAGAUAGUCCAUUAUCUAAAAGCAUUGGUCAAGUUGAAGAAGGAUGGAUAAGCUCGUUUAUUGCUAUUGGAGCAUUGAUUGGUUGCCCUAUUGCUGGACCAUUAUCUGCUAGAAUUGGAAGAAAAUGGAGUUUGCUUUCGAGUGCAUUAUUUUUUACAGCUGCAUUUGCUUUUCUCCUAAUUGCCAAUAACAUUUGGUUCAUUUAUGCUGCAAGAAUUCUUCAGGGUGUAGGAGUAGGACUUGUCUGUACAACUAUGCCAACGUAUAUUGGUGAAAUAGCAACAAGUAAGACUCGGGGUCCAGCUGGUUCUCUGCUGACAGUUUUUAUGGUCUUAGGAAUUCUCUAUGUCUACAGUAUCGGUCCAUUUGUAGCCUACAUGACUUUGCAGUGGUGUUGCUUAGCAAUUCCCAUUUUGUUUUUUGUAACUUUUUCCUGCAUGCCAGAAACACCAUAUUUCUACGCCAUGAAGGGACUCAAACGUGAAGGUAUCAAAUCACUGCAAUUCCUUCGGGGACAAAACGCCAAAACAGUGGAAGAAGAAAUGGAUCAAAUUCAAAUAGGAGUUGACGCUGAUAUGUGUAAUACAGGAACUGUCAAAGAUAUAUUCACCAAUCGUGGAUACAGAAAAGCCUUCAUAAUAGUUUGUGGUCUUCUAACUUUCCAACAGCUGAGUGGUACCAGUGCAGUUACAUUCAACAGUCAAUCGAUUUUUACCAGCGCCAAGUCAACUUUGGAUCCUGCCAUAGCUACUAUCAUAAUUGGACUCGUUCAACUUGUAGCCAAUCUUGUGACACCAUUUAUCGUUGAACGUGCCGGUCGUAAGCUGAUUCUUAUGAUCUCCGCUCUCGGGAUGUGUUUGGCCUUAUCAGCACUUGGAACAUUCUUCUAUAUUCAAGCUUUUGGUGAUGCAUCUGCAAUUCUAUGGAUUCCAAUACCUGCAUUGAUAUUUUUCAAUGCACUUUAUUCUGUCGGAUUUGGUCCUGUUCCUUGGGUGGUAAUGGGAGAAAUUCUUCCAUCAAAUAUUAAAUCAUCAGUUUCAUCGAUUUCGACGACAGUAAAUUGGUUGGUGACUUUUGUUGUAACUCGAUGGUAUCCAGAACUUAAUGCCUUAGGUUCAUAUUAUGCAUUUUGGUUAUUCGGAGGAUUGUGUAUUUUGGCAUUCUUUUUCAUAUUGUUUGUUGUAACUGAAACGAAAGGAUUGAGUUUGCAGAAAAUUCAAGAAAAAUUACAAGGACAUUAG